AUGCAAUCUAUUCAUUGGUUGCUUAAAUUAGCCAUACCAUGUGUUGUGCGUUUUUGUCUGCAAACUUUACUUGAUGGAUUAUUGGCAUGGAAGGAUAUACACAAAACACUUUACGUUCUUUUUUGUUUCUUCACAGGCCGAAGCCAUCUUGCGUAUCCACCUUCUCUUCAGCAACUUAAAAGUAAAAAAGCUGAAUUAGCUCGUUACCGACGUCAACCGAACUCUUCUUCUUAUGUCUCCUCUGGUGGAAGUUCAACACCGGAGUGGUUAGGCUCAUCUCUAGAUGAUGUAUCGAUAAAUGAAAGCCGAGGUAAUGAAAAAAAAUCCACCUCAACUGAACGUGAUGAGAAUAUAUCAAAAGGAAAAGAAGAUGUUUUAGAAGGAGAACGUUGGGUUCGUCGUCGUUUGUUACGUGGUUGUAAAGGAGAAAUAUCAGAGUGGUUACCUCUUACACGUGUAGUACCACUUGUUUCACCACAUUACCACCUUUGUUACUCUGAAAGUUUACACCGUCUUGUUGGUAAUGUUGUAGGUCCUAUUCAACUACCUACAAUAUCUGUUUUACCUACUAGACAUACAGCACCCCAAUGGCCACCGCACUCCUUUGGUCGUUCUGGUAAUAGACAUGGUGUACGUAGUGAUGAUUUAUCUUUAACCACUGAUGAGUACAGUAGUACCGCAAGCGCACAAGGUCGUUCUCAGUGGGGUACAGUGACAACUAAUAAUAAUAUUAAUAGUGAUGGUAUUAAUAAUAGUAGACUUAUUUCUGGUGUUACUUCAGUAGUUUACCGACGUGAAAGUAGUAAGCAAGUUCAGUUUGACCGAUAUGUAGCUUCAAGAAUACCUCUACAUUCCAUCGCCUCUAUUACCUCUCAUCAUGUGCUUUCUUAUCAGGCUACACGUCAAAAAGUGCUUAUUAUGGAUCUUGAUGAAACUCUUUGCUUUGUAUCGACUAAUAAAGAUGCCUCUUAUUUACCUCCUACUUUCUCAGAAGUAAUUCCAACAGCAUCAGGAGCAGAACUUUUUCACGUGUGGGAAAGACCAUAUGUUCGUCUAUUUUUAAGCACAAUGGCGAGACUUUUUAAUAUAGUUCUUUUUACUUCUUCAACAAAACCGUACGCAGAUUCUAUUCUUCGUCGAUUAGAUCCAAACCAUCUUAUAAAAAGAUGCUACUAUCGUCAACACUGUAGACAGGUUGCACGAUCUGCUUUGGUAUCAUCAUCAUCAUGCCGACUUGAUACAAACAAAAUAACACCUAUUAGUUCACAAGAUUCUUCUCGAUCUACAUCUAGUGGUGGUGAUUCUGGUAAUAGGAAUUCACUUGAGGGAGCUGCACAAGCUUCCAUUAGUGGAAUUUCAAAAACACCCAAGAUUAAUAAUAAUAAUAAUAAUAAUAAUAAUAAUAAUAAUAAUAAUAAUAAUAAUAAUAAUACAAGAAAUGUAAUACUUGUGAAAGACCUUCGUAUUUUAAAGGUUCCACCAGAGUUGAUGAUUAUGAUUGACAACGUUGAGGAAUGUGUAGUUGCUAACCGAGAUAAUGCACUCAUCAUUCCGCCUUUUUUACCUCGAGGAAAAAUGGAAGCCGCAAACGAUGACGCAGAAGAUAGUGUUUUGCGAACUCUUAUGCCAUUACUAGAGGCUUUGCUUGUAGUCCCUGAUGUUCGCUCUAUUUUGCGUCACGGAAAGGUUGUUCUUAGUGAUCAAAGAGCAACCAACACCCAGAUGCAAACAGUCUCCGAUGUUUGA